ACACUCACCUGAACAAACCGAAGGCAUUAGGCAUGGCGGGGCCCCAGCGCGUCUGCUGCUGCUUGACGCCUCUUCAGUGAAUGAUUGUUGGGUGAACUGAUCAGUUUCUCUCUCUGUCUCUGUCCCUCUUUCUCUCUUAAUGCCGCCAUGACACUCGUGUAAAUUUAGGAGAAAAAUGGGGGUGUUCACUUGUGAAGGAUUUAACCAUAUGCGAAAUUAAGGGGGUCGAACUUGGCAGGCAGAGGGGACAGAGCAAUGAAGGCUUCACGGGGAUGAUGAAGAGCAUCAAGGGGGCGUCUGAGGAGGACGAAGACGACGAGGAGGAGUUUAUGGACAGAAGCAGGGAAAUCAAGAGGGAAAGCUCUUCCCAGCACGGCGAUAUGGCGGGAAAAUCGGACGGUAGGAGCAGCGAGCAAAGGGCAAACACGCCACGGUCGAAGCACUCUGCUACGGAGCAGCGCCGAAGGAGCAAAAUCAAUGACAGAUUCCAAAUGCUUAGGGAGCUGGUUCCUCAUAGUGACCAAAAACGAGAUAAAGCAUCAUUCCUUCUAGAGGUUAUUGAGUAUAUCCACUCAUUGCAAGAAAAAGUUCAGAAGUAUGAGAGCCUAUAUCAAGAGCAUGACGAGGAUAAGAUUAAAAUGAUGGCAUGGAAGAGCGGCCAAGGACUGGUGGCGAGUAACAUGGAUCAUCUACAAGUCCAAAAAAACAGCCCAAGUUUUGUCUUUGGACCAAAAUUUGAUGACAGUAAUGCCUCUGUUGCCCCAUCAAUUGUUGCCAAUUCUCAGAACUUGGCACUGCCUGGAACCCUGAAUACAUCUUCUCCGUUCAAAGAGAAGGAACAUAGUUCUUGCUUUCCUGGCAAUGCUGCUGGUUCUGUUCCUUGUCCACAUUCAUCCUUGUACUCUCCCUUUAUCAGAAACAUGUCGAAACAUCCACAUCACCGAGUGCCUGAGGACACUGAAAAUGUCUCAAGUCUUCCUCAAUCUCAAUCAGAAUUCUGGCCGAGGCCAUAUUCCACAGAUGAACCAUUCAGAGGUGAUGUGUCUCACUUAACUGGAAAUGAACGAGAGAACUUGGUAGUUGAAGAUGGUGUGAUCAACGUUUCAAGCAUCUAUUCCCAGGAGCUAUUGUCUGCUCUCACUCAAGCGUUACGGAGCUCUGGCCUGGAUUUGUCACAAGCCAGCAUCUCAGUUCAGGUCAAUCUUGGCAAGCGUAAUACUGACAGGCCAUCGACAACUAGCUUAAGUGGCAAGGACCAUGAAGAGCCUUCUAGUAAUGACGUUAUGGUGCGCUUAAGGCCGGAAAGUAGCGGAGACUUUGAACACAAUUGGAAGAGGCUAAAGACAGAAAGAGAGCUGUAACGGAAGUGGCUUGUUUGAUUAUUCAUUGGAAUGUUCGACCAAGCUGUUGUUUUGGUUGGCGUUGCAUAUGGUAGGUCUUGUUUCAGUGGUUGAGAUCACCUCUGCACGUGCUAUCAGAAUGCGGGCAAAAAAGGAUCGGUGAUGGGGUGCACUGGCAUGUACAUACUGCUGCCUCUCUUGUUAUGUCUUUGUAAGACCAAAAAUUUGUGCAUUAUUUUUUAACCUGUAUUUGUUUGUCGAAAGAUUUUAACAUGGAUAUGAGAAGCUGCUUUGUUCAAGGCUUCCAUGCAUGUUUGAAAAGCAUUGUUCAAAUAAAUAAUGGACCACAUUCUCUCUC